UCGCGAAUCCGCCGUACCCGCUGCUGGUUUUCCGCCCCGCGUUCCGCGAGGGGCGCUCACCACCCCCGUGCGCGUCUCCGCAGUUGCAGCGACGCGCUCCCCUCCUACUCGUGCUCCUCCUCCUCCUACUCCGUCACCUCCGCGAGGUCGUGCGUGUCCGACGCGGGGCGCCGCACCCGCCCCGUCGACCCACUCCGCGUGCUCGCCGUCGUCGCCUCCCUCCGCCGCAUCGACCCCAAGGUGCUGGCCAAGGCGACCAGCAAGCUGUUCCAGGGCGAGCCGGCGAAGAGGCGGAAGGGCGUGUGGAUCGAGAUCAGCAACAGCGACGACGAGGAGAGCGGGAGGGGCAGCGUGGUGGCAAGCGAGGGGAGCACCAUCACGGGAGCCGCGUCGUCCCGGUCCACGGCGACGUCGGGGAGGUGCCGCCGACCUCCGCUGGCGAGCGGCGGCUGUGAGAGUCUGGUGCGGAGGGCGGACGCGAUCAUGGAGUGGCUCUCGCGGCCCAAGGCGGCGCCGGCCACGGAGACGGCCAUCCGCGCCGCCGUCGGCGACAACGCUGUGACCAGCAAGGCUCUGCGCUGGUUGCUGAAGCAGAAGAGAGGGUUGCGCCGUGCAGGCACUGGUGGCCGCCCGGAUCCGUAUGUGUACAUGGUAGAUUGCAGGCUGAAGUGGUGAAGUUAAGUAAGAUGUGUUAUAGCGAAGGAGUUGGCACCUAUAUAUUCUACUGGAAAGGUCAAGAUAGCUUUUGAAGACUAUUUAGUAAUUUCUAGCACCUGUUGUUUAAUCAGUCCAGUUUUGCCUAGCCUUCCUGCAGAUAACUAUAGGAUAUAAAUUGAUAUUUACCUGUUUGCAAUAGCUUGCAAAGCAUUGGUGAAAAGCUAUUGGAUAGAAAGAUAAAUAGAUAGUCGUAGAGAUAGCAGUUUCAUGAUUAUGAAGUUAUUAUUCAUGUAUGUUGAGGAUCAGUAUAAUCCUCGCAAGAAGUAUGAGAAAUAAUCGGCACUGUUGGAAUCAGUAUAAUAAAUACAAUGAGUCCAGUUUUGGGGUACUGGUUUGCAGUGAA